AUAUUAUACAUACAUCGUGACAACAGACCGUUAUGUGCAGACAAGUUUGAAAUCUUCAGAGUAAUUUGGAAUUGUGUUGUGUAGUGAUUGCAAUCGUUUUCCAUUUGCGAAAGAUUUGUUUAUUACAAUUUACAUUGUUGAUUCAAAUAGCAUACGUUAAUAAAGACAUGUGAAAAUGUAGACAGACGAGUAGAAGGAAUAUGGAGGAAAGCCAACUUGUGUAAAAAGAAUUCGAAUUAUUGUAUGUGAAUGAUCGUUAUUUUUGUACGACAUACAAUUUCUUAAUUAAAAGGAUAAAUCUUAUAUUCUUGAAAGAAUAGAAAUUACAUUACAAAAUAUCUAUUUUAUGCACAAUUUGAGUGAAAAUGUUUCGAAUAAAAAGUACACCACAUCAUCCUGAUCAUUCCACUUUUGGGUACCAAUCUGAGAGCUCAGUACGAGAGUUAUCCAAACCUGUAAGAAUUACACAACUAUUUGGAUCAUGUAAGCAGUCACGAAAUGGUCAAACAAAUUCAACUAGUAAAAUUAGAUUGCCUGAAAGAAUCACUCCUUACUUGAAAAGUGCAAAUCGAAAAGGAAAUGAAACAAACACACAUGUAAAUCUGUCUCGUAACAAGAGGAAUGUGCGGCGAAAUUUAAGUUUUACGAAAAUACCAACCAUCACAACUAAAACAGAAACAUCUGUAAUAACAAGUAAAAAUAAUUUAAAUGAUAGUUCGAAAAAAGAAAAUUCACAUUUAUCUACAAGAAAAAGUUUCUUAUUGCCACCGAAUAGCGUAAAGGAUUUCUAUGUUAAGAACAGAUUCAAACAACCCAAUUUUAUAUCACCUCGAAUAUGCAUCUCAGACUACUCUGUGUGUGACAAUAAGUAUCCCAAAAUAUCUGAGAGAUCAGAAACGAAUUGCUCAUCUCCUGUGAGAGUUACAAGUUCACGAAUUGAUUCUGUCAUACACAAAGAAAUUAACAAAACAAUGAUACAACAUUUAUCAUCACAAAUGUUUACUAUGUAUGAUCAGUCUGGGAUAGAUAUUUUACAUUCAGAAUGUACGGACACGAAGAAUGAUGCAAUGGGAAAAGAAAUUGUCAAUAGUUCAAUUAAUGUUGAAGAAAAGAAAUGCUUAUCUACGACUACAAACAAUUAUAGAGAAGACUUGCAUCAAUCUGCACAAGAUGUUGAAAUGAUAAACCAGCCAUGCUUGAAUUUAAACCAUAGCACUAACAAAAAUGAUGAAUAUGUAACUCUUAAUAAGACGCAGCUUACAAUUUUGGCAUCUAAACUGGAACAUGACAUUCGCAGAUUAGAAGAAGAUAUAUUGCCGAAUUUGAGAUUUACAUUUACUACUAUUAUGGAUGUAUUAUCUACGAUAAACAUAACAAAAAAGGAAAGCGAUAACAAUGAUACCAAGAUUACGCAGCAAAUGACUGAAAAUUUAAAUGAUCAUAUAAAAAUGAUGAAUGAUAUAAACACGAAAUCACUAUGUGUGAUCAGCAACAUUAAUACUGAGGACAAUAUUAAUAAUGAGGAAAAUAUUAAUAUUGAAAAAAGUAUUAAUAUUGAAGACAGUCAUAUUCCAAAAGAAGUUUAUAAAACACCUGAUACUAAUUUAAUGAAAUUUAUGAAAACGGAUGUAUGUGGAAAGAACAAUUCCAGAAUUCGGUCAUUGUGUCAGUUUGAUCUUAGUUCCGAAAGCAAUAAGGAAAAUGAUAGCUUUGUAAAUUUAGAAAAUAUGCUGGAUAUCACGAAUAUAAAGUCUAAUGUGACGAUCGUAUCACUUAAAAAAAGCACUCCCGUGUUGAAUAAGUACAAAAACAAGAAAGAAGAGAGACCUUUGAAGGAAUAUAUGGCUUUAAAGUCACGUAUGAGUUGUUUGUUAACACCUAACAUUAAACACUUUAAUAAUUCACAAUCAAAAAAUGAUAAUUUACAUCCUGAAAGUGGUGAAGCAAAAGCUUCCUUGUCGGGUAAGAUACUCGCAGAGCUUUAUAAUUUAUAUGAAGACUAGAUACAUAAUAAUUUCGUCAACCGAUUUUCUCUAUUUUAAGAUUAUUUUCUAAAGACUAGUUUUUUUUAAUGCUGAAGACAGUAAUAUUUCAAAAGAAGUUUGUAAAACUCGUGAUGAAAAUGUACUUGCUGUAUAUCAUCACAUAGUGAAUGUAGAAAAGCAACGCAAGAGAAGAAUCUUAGAAGGAAAACAACUGACUCGGAAUAAAUGAAUUUUAGAAAAUAGAGGGAAUCGGUGUAUUGCAUACAUACUCAAUAUUCCAUACCUAAUAAAUGUUUUAAUCAUAAGUUGAAAUGCGCAAUAAAUAAUCGUUGUAAUAUUUAUUUUAAAAUUAAGAAUUUUUGUGUGUAUGUGUUUUGUAUGCGUGUGUGUGCGUGCGCGUGUGUGUGUGUGCAUGUGCCAAGAAACAGGUUUUAUCAAAGAAUUUUUUUAUAUAAAUAAAUGAUAUGGAUUAACAAAUGUAAUUACUUUUAUGUAUUAUGUAUAGUGUUUUUUUAUAAAUAAAUAUAUAUCAACA